UUGACCCCUCCAUGACGAAUCACGACGGGAUCGCCAAUGAAUUCUGGAAGAGGCAAAAUAAUUCUUAUUCUUUGCAUUCAAACACUCAGUAUUCAUCAAGUUUCGUCAGCAGGUUUCACAGUUCCAAGAUGACACUCCCAAGCAAGUAUCAGAAUGGAAGCAUAGACUCAAGCGUCAAAGGCGUAUACCGGGCCUCGCCAGUCAAGCUUAUGAUCUAUGGGAGAGGCAUAAGCAAUCAGUUGUCCGAUGUCGUCGCUGAGUUGGGUGGAACAAAAGCUUUCAUCAUCACCGGACGGUCGCUCUACGAAAAAACUCCCGUUAUUAAAGAAAUCGAGAAGAACCUGGGAUCCAAACACGGCGGCACCUUCAGCAAGAUUGGGCAGCAUGCACCGAUCGGGGACAUCAAGGAAGCAACUGCUCUCAUGACCAAAUCUGGAUGCGAUGUAUUGAUUUCUGUAGGAGGAGGCUCGCCUAUUGACUCCGCCAAAGCUAUCGCAUACAACAUCCACGAAGAAACAGGGAAAUGGAUCCCCAGUAUAGCCGUGCCGACGACCUUGAGUGUGGCUGAGACGACCCAAAACGCUGGCUUCACAACAGAAGACAAGCACAAGAUUGCUGUCAGCAACCCAGAACUGGUUCCGAAGGCUGUGGUAUACGAUGGAGACAUUGCGCUGCACACGCCAUUGUCCCUAUGGACAAGCACCGGAAUCCGAUCGCUGGAUCACGCCGUUGAAUUAAUGUAUCACCCUCUAGCAGCCGAAAUACCAACCAAGCGAAUGAGCUUGGAAGCUAUCAAAGACCUUUUCACCUACCUCCCUCAAUCUAAAGAGCGGCCGGAUGAUGCAGACGUGCGCGUCAAGCUUUUCCUCGCCUGCUACUCAUCUCUUUUCCCCUUCUUGUAUACCGGGGGCGUAGGUCUCAGUCACAGCAUCGGCCACUCCAUCGGCGCUACGUACGCUAUCCCUCAUGGUAUCACCAGCUGCUUGAGCCUUGCUCCUACAGUUCAUUUCAAAGCGUCGAAUGCGGAAGAGGCGAAGCAAAUCGCGAGGAUCAUCCCGUAUAUCGGAAAGCAGAGCGCGGGUAGUGACGAGAAGGACGCGCAUGUUGUCGGUGAUGCGAUCUCGGAUUUGGUCGAGCGAUUGGGACACAAAACCAGCCUGACAGCAUACAAGGUGCCGACUGGCGACGCGGAAGAAGAAGCAAUUGCUUCACGCGCGCUGCACAGCAAAGACCACAAGGACUUUGCCAAUUUGAAAAAGAUCGUGCACGACUUGUACUAG